CAGCCUAGCGUCUAGGCCCAUAUCCUAUCACCUCUCCCUCACUCGGCGGCGGCGACUACUCGUGAGCCUAAGAAACAGAGACAGACUCUCCCUCUCUUGCGAUCCCGGCUCGCAACAGUAGACCUAGAGCAGAGCAAGAUGAAUCCCGACGCCGCCGGCCGCUCCUCUCUUCUAGAUCCCUGCCCCGACACCCGUCGCCCUCGAAUCCUCUUCUCUGGCUCUCCCUCUAUUCCGAAUCUGCAUUCCGAAUCAUGAUGCGCCGGCCUCUCCUUCUCCUAUUCCCCUGAGGCCGACAGCCAUAGCAUCUGGAUUGUCAUCACUUUCAGAGUACUCGUUGCGUGCUGCUGUUGAGCUACCCAGUUCUCAUCAGCUUUCAAACUUCUUCUUGUGGACAUUGGGGGUUCUUUUUUAUUUGUGGCCAAUGGGUAUGGGUUCUUAUUGUGGACAGUGGGGGUUCUUUUUCAUUUGUGAGCAAUGAGUGACUGUCGAUUAUGGAAAUGGACAGCUGGUUUUUUUUCAUUUGUGGAAAGCAAAUCAGCGGGUUUUAACGGGUAUAAACGGGUACCCGUAUGGGUUUGGGACUUGAGAUAGACUUUACUCUCCAAACGGGAUUGGGUACCCGUUUCAAACGGGACGAGUAUCACGUCCCGUCCCGUUGUCCACCCCUAGGAGAAUCCAUUAUUAAUGAAAUUGAAUUUGUGGAGUCUAGUAAGAUUUAGAAUCUUGUAGAGUUACCUUUUGGUUGUCAAGCCUUGGGUAAUAUAUCGGUAGAAUCAAACAAGAUUUGGCAUCUUUGAGAAUUACCUCUUGACAAUGAAGUCAUGGGUAAUAAAUGGAUUCUUUAGAGAAAAGUGAAACCUAUUGGUUUAGUUUAUGAGUAUAAGGAUACUAAGGCUUUAGGCGAAAAGGAAAAAUUGUAAAUUUUCUUGUUAUCUAUUCACCAUAUAUAGAAUAACAUCCAUGUAUGGUCUGAUUGCUAGUGUUGUGCGCCAGAUGGAUUGUUAAAACUGUUUCGUGAAUGGUGGUUUAGAUAAAGAAAUCUACAUGGGACAACCUACAGGGUUGUUAUUCCUGAACAUGUUUUUAAAGUCUAUGGUGAGACAAAUCAUGUUAUGAUAUGAAAUCGACUUUAAAGAUCAUGGCAUGCAUGGAUGAUUCUCUCUCAUGGUUUUGAAUAAAAGUGGCAAAUACAUUUGUUACUAACUUGAGAACGACACUUGCACUAUAAAAGACAUGUUUCUUUGUUGCAAAGACUCAUGACACGAAUAAAUGUGAAAAACCAUGUUGAGUGAGAACCUUGAUGAGAAGGAUCCAAGUGUUUCACUUAGAGAUCCAAAUGACUAGGACAGUGAAAGAAAUUUUUUAUAUAUCAAUCUAAUUGUUUGGUUAAGAUCUAUAAGAAAUACAAGUUAUACUCUUGUCUAAAUGUUUGAAGACGCUAGUACAAUUUUUAAAAGAGCACUAAAGACGGUGUAAGAAAGUAAGAACAUACUAGCAUCGAUAGUCUGCAAGAGGCAGCUAAUAAACAUGAGACCUGACAUAGUGGGGGCACUUGGCAGGUUUACUGAUUGUCCUAGUAUGAAGCAUUGAAAUGCUAUUGAAAGGGGCCAUGAGAUGCCUUAAGAGAACAAUAGACCUUCUUGAUAUAUGUUAUCAACGGUUUCUUGUUGUAUUGGUAGGGUAUAUUGAUGCGGACAAGAAUACCCUGUAGAGGACUCCAAGGCAUCCAGUGGGCAUGUUUUAACAUCGCUGGAAGAGUUGUGUCUUGAGAGUCUAAGAAGUAAACGAUCCUGGCUCAAUCAACUAAAGAAUCAGAAAUGAUGAAACUAGCAAUGGCUAGUAAAGAGGAAAGUUGAUUGAGAGGGUCAUUACUAGAGAUUCCCUUAUGGGAAAGAACGAUCCCUCCGGUAGUUGAUUCAUUGUGAUAGCACCGCAGCUAUUACUAAAGAAGGGAACCGGUUCUAGAACGAAAAGAGACGACAAAUUCGUCGUAAGCACAGUACUGUAAGAGAACUCCUAACGAUAGGAGCAAUGAGGGUGGAUCAUGUCAGAUCCUAACAGAAUCUAGCUGAUCCUUUGACGAAAGGAUUACCUAGAGAGAAAAGUCCAAAAUACCACGAAGGGUAUGAGACUUAUGCCUACCGAACCAUGGAUUACAAGUGAUGGUAACCCGACCCGAUAGACUGGAGAUCCCAAGAAAUGGGUUCAAUGGGUAAUAGCAAGUCAUGAGUAAUAUUGAGAAAAGUUCAUGCAUAGUGAAGCAUGAAUCCCAAAGCCUUGGAGGUUGAGUUAAACUCUUAAUGAGAUCUAUACUCUAUGUGGAGUGAAGUACUUUACUUUGGGGGUACUUUUGAUAGACUCACCUAUGUGAAUGUGGGAGUGGGGCCGCUCCCUAUGGAACUUUGGAGGCACAAAGUUGCUAGAGCGUUCACUAAACCGGGAUAACGUGCAUGGUCAUAAACGCACGGCCUAUGAGAGAAUAUCGCUCAAUGAAAAGAUCUGGUGUGCUACAUUGUCUGAGAUAGGGUUCAAGACUACGAGUCACCCUUAUGAAAUCGGAAGUGUAACUACUACGCUAAGGUUCAAAUCUUCGUGAUACCUUAGCUUAUGCCCGAUCUUAUGGAACUGUUGAUGCUUAGAGAUAGUUUCAAACUAUUCAAGUGGGGGAUUGUUGGGAUGAAUAGCUUUGAAAAGCUAUAAUGAAAUUCCUAAUUAAUUAUCUAGUAUUUUCCCAUAAUACGAAAUUAAGAUGGAUAAUUAAUAAAAGGAAUAUUAUGGAGAUGAUUAGGAAUAAUUAUCUUAAUAGAUUAUAUUUUAAUUAUGUGAGUAAUUAUCUCCCUAAUUAAAAUGUGACUUAUUCCCAAAGAAAGAGGGAAUAUUCUGGGUUUUCUGCUCCUAUAAAUAGGAGACGCCCCAGACCCUCUAAACACACCUCAGAGAGCGGAAACACGAGAAAGAGAGUGAGUUCAUAGAGCUAGGGUGUUCAAACGGUUUGGUUACCGUGGUAACCAUUUUAACCGGUACUAUUUGGAUAAUUUGGUUUGGUUAAUUUGGAUAAUUGGUUUGGUUUGGUUAAAAAAUUUAGCUUGUUUGGUUUAGGUGGUUUGAUUUGGUUUCAGACACUCCUAACCAGUCAAACCAAAUUAACCAGUUAAGUAAUUAGUCAUAUAUCUAACAUAUAUUAUAUACACAUAAUACUUUGCAUAACCACUCAAGAGUUAACGUUCAUCCAUUUGGACUCAUAAAAUAUAAAGCUCAAUAUUGCUCAUACAGUGUAUAUUUGUAUAUGUAAAGUCUAGACCACAACAUAUGGAUGCCUAAUUUAGAUAAAUUUUAUACAUUAUGAUGAAUGAAAAAUUGAAAGGAAUGUCAUUUCCCGCCUAUGAUAAUAAGAGACUAAGUCAAUUUACACAAACACAACAAUUCAUUAACCCAUACCAUUGUCAUAAUUUUUUGUUAGGUGAAUACUUCUAUACUAAUCGUAAGAUAAUUAUCUUAGUUGCAUGUAUUUUUGUUAAGGGUCAACUAUAACUACGUGUUGAUUGUUAUGUUUUAUUCAUUAUAUAAAUUGCGAAUUUUUAUGGUUAAUAAACCAUUAGAUUUAGUAUCUAAAAAUAUUGAUAAAAAAUACAUUUUAGUACCUAAAGUUUCUGUGUCUUACUAACCGAUACCUUAACUUUUCAUGUUUUUACAAAUAGGUUCAAUAUUUAUACGUGUCAUCGUGCGAUUAAAUUCCAAUUGAUCACUGCUCCCUCAAUCUGUAUCUCACCCUUUCAUUCCACUCUUGCUCUACUGCCGUUGAACGACAGAUACUAUGGAGAAAAGCGAAGCGGUCGCAAAUGAAAAUCUCCGUAAUGGAGGUGGUGGAGAUGGUUCAAUUUGCGGGUACGAGUCACUGUGCCAGCUUCUCAGUUCUAAUCUCGAGCCCCAUCUCUUAGAGGAAGUCAACCGCUUGAUCCUGGGUUUGAAUUGCGGCAAGGCGCUCCAAUCGGUGGCAAUCCCAGAGCCUGCAAAAGCUCUUUCUGACGAACAUGAUUUUGACCUUCAGGCUUUUCGUUUCAACGCUGACAGAGAGGCAUUGCGAGAACCUCGGGUGGUCAGAGUUGGCCUUAUCCAGAACUCGAUAGCCAUUCCAACAACUGCCAGCUUCUCAGAUCAAAAGAAGGCCAUCUUUCAGAAAUUGAAGCCAAUUAUUGAAGCUGCUGGUUCUUCGGGUGUAAACAUUCUUUGUUUGCAGGAAGCAUGGAUGAUGCCCUUUGCUUUCUGUACAAGGGAGAAGAAAUGGUGUGAGCUUGCAGAGCCUAUCGAUGAGGAAUCAACGAAAUUCCUUCAGGAAUAUGCACGCAAAUACAACAUGGUUAUCGUAAGCCCUAUUCUAGAGAGGGAUGUAAACCAUGGAGACACUCUAUGGAACACUGCUAUUAUCAUCGGCAAUCAUGGUAACAUAAUCGGCAAGCACAGAAAGAACCAUAUCCCUAGAGUCGGCGACUUCAACGAAAGCACAUAUUAUAUGGAAGGAAAUACUGGACACCCUGUGUUUGAAACAGCAUUUGGAAAAAUUGCUGUCAAUAUCUGUUACGGGAGGCACCAUCCUUUGAAUUGGUUAGCAUUUGGCUUGAAUGGUGCAGAGAUUGUGUUCAACCCUUCAGCCACUGUUGGGGAGCUCAGCGAACCAAUGUGGCCAAUCGAGGCUCGUAACGCAGCAAUAGCAAACAGCUACUUUGUUGGAUCAAUCAAUCGUGUUGGGACUGAAAUAUUCCCAAAUGCAUUCACCUCUGGUGAUGGGAAGCCACAGCACAAUGAUUUUGGUCAUUUUUACGGGUCAAGUUACUUCUCAGCGCCUGAUGCUUCUUGCACCCCCUCAUUAUCUCGUCGCAAGGAUGGUCUGCUGAUCACGGACAUGGAUCUUAACCUCUGUAGACAGCUCAAGGAUAAGUGGGGAUUCAGAAUGACUGCUCGGUAUGAGAUAUAUGCUGAUUUACUUGCCCGAUAUGUGAGGCCGGAUUUCGAGCCCCAGGUCAUAACUGACCCUUCGUUGAACAGGUAAAAAGUCCCUGCAAGUUUCUGAUGCCUGUGUAUAAUUUGGGGAAGUCGUCCGUGGGAUUUACUAUGUUAAACCAUCAGCCGAAAUAAGGUUAUUUGAUGUCCAUGUAUUUUAUGUAGGGAUUGUGAAGGCUUUAUCUCGUAAUGUAUGUCGUUCCUUCUCAUUCUUGUAAUUGGUGUGUGGUGAAUCACUUACAGUGCAGGAAGAUCCUAUUCUAAUAUAUUUUCUGGUUGAAGACGAUCUAAUACCGAAUCAACAUUUAAAUAGCCC